AUUGGGCUUCCUGGGAGCCACGUGAUUCAGACGGAUGAUGGCGGGCGCAGCUGAAGACGUGCGGGUGCUCUUCGGAGCUGGCGUCCGCGCGGCGCUGGAAGCUUGGCCUGCUUUACAGAUCGCAGUGGAGAAUGGCUUUGGGGGCGUGCACAGCCAGGAGAAGGCCGAAUGGCUCGGGGGUGCAGUGGAGGAUUACUUCAUCGCCAAUGCUGACUUGGAGCUGGAAGAGGUGGAAGAUUUCCUUGGGGAGCUGAUGACCAAUGAGUUUGAUACAGUUGUGGAAGAUGGAAGUCUGCCCCAGGUGAGCCAGCAGCUACGGACCAUGUUCCAGCACUUCCAGAAGGGCAAUGGGACUGCUCUGCAGGAGAUGACAGCUCACAUCAACCAAAAAAAGUGCAAAGUCACAGCUACCCCACUUAAGACCACCAAAGAGACCGUUGCGGAUGAUGUGGAGAGUGUGGAAGAAAUGGAGGUGAAAGAGGUGACAGCUGCAAAUGAUGGGGCCACAAUGGAUGAGGUCUGCUCCCAGCCUCAACCCACUGGUCCAGACCCUCAGACUAUUAAGGAAGAGGAUAUAGUCGAGGACGGUUGGACCAUUGUCCGGAGAAAGAAAUGAGCAGGGCAGUAAAUGUUUUGGGCCCUUGUUAGGUGUUAAGAGAGACUUAUAUGGGCUGUUUUUUUUGGGGGGGGGCUGUACACCUCUGUCCUGGUAACCAUAUCCCUACCUUGUUCCCGUCCUUCCCUUCAGGGGAAGAAAAGCCCUAGAGUCUUUGGUUGUAGGGUUAAUGGGACCCAUUCCAACCCCUUGAAUCUUCAGGUACCAUAUAAGAGAUGAGAGCAGGUUUCCCAGCAUAGUGCCUCCUAGUGCAGUGACUGUGAAGAUGGCUGGUGAAUGUGGAUGUGCUUGUACUAGAAGCCAGACUUGUGGCAACUGGGCAGGUGGAAGGUUGGCUGGAUUGGGAAUAG